AUGUGGGUAAAUCAACAUUUACGAAUGUCUUUGACGCCAUUGCAGAAAAUUCCGGCAAUUAUCAAAUAUGGCUUUAUUAACACAAAGUUUGGGCGAAUAUUAAUUGGGCUAACGCCAAUUCAAAAGGCCGGCAAAAGCUGCGACGCAAUUUGCCUGUUGAAUUUCGUGCAAAAUGACGACGAUGAAUCUUUCGAAGAAAUGCGUCAACGCUGGCCAAAAGCUGAACUCAAACAGGAUGCAGUGGCCAUUGAAAUGUGCAGCAAGGUGGUAUUUGACGAAAAGGAAAAUGCCGCUGUUAUUGAUAUAGCCAUUCGGGGAACAGAUCUUCAGUUGUCUGUUUGGAAUGAACUGGUCAAGUUGAAGUCUGGAUCGACAUGCACCUACUCAGAGCUGGCCGAACUUGUGGAUCGACCCAAAGCCGUACGGGCUGUGGCCAGUGCCGUGGCAAGGAACCCUGUGACGAUACUAAUACCCUGUCAUCGCAUUGUCUCCAAAAAUGGUGCAUUAAAAUACCACUGGGGCGCAGAGCUGAAGAGCGCGCUUUUGGAUUAUGAAGCAUUCACAUAAAUACGGAACUUGAUUCAUUUGGAUAAUAUACGUAUUUAAAAAUUCUUUUUUAUUGAAAUUCAA